AUGAUCCGGUUCCCCGUCCGGAUCACUACCCGUUUGGUCCGGUUUCCCACCCGGUACCGCACCCGGUUGGUCCGGUUGGUCCGCUUCCCCACCCGGACCACCCGGAUGAUCCGGUUCCCCGUCCGGAUGGUUGACCCGGCUCCCGACCCGGAACCGCACCGGGUUCCCCACCCGGUUGGUCCGAUUUCCCAUCCGGUCGAUUCGGCUCCCCACCCGCACGGUCCGAUUGGUCCGGUUCCCCAACCGGAUGGUCGGGUUGAUCCGGUUCCCGACCCGGUUCCCCACCCGGAUGGUCCGGUUGGUCCGGUUCCCCACCCGGAUGACCCGGUCGAUCCGGAUCCCCACCCGGAUGACCCGGAUGGUCCGGUUCCCCGCCCGGUACCCUACCCGGCUGGUCCGUUUCCCCACCCGGUUCCCCAUCGGGCUUGCCCGGCUGAUCCGGUUCCCCACCCGGAUCACCCGGUCGAUCCAAUUCCCCAUGCGGAUGACCCGGAUGAUCCGGCUUCCCGUCCGGUUCCCUGUCCGGUUGGUCCGGUUCCCCACCCGGUACCCCGUCCGGAUGGUCCGGUUGAUCCGGUUCUCCACCCGGAUGACCCGGAUGAUCCGGUUCCCCAUCCGGAUGACCCGGAUGAUCCGGUUCCCAGUCCGGUUCCUGACCCGGUACCCCACCCGGAUGGUCCGGUCGGUCCGGUUGGUCCGGUUCCCCACCCGGUCGAUCCGGUUCCCCACCCGGAUGACCCGGUCGAUCCGGUUCCCCACCCGGAUGACCCGGUUGAUCCGGCUCCCCACCCGGAUGGUCCGGUCGGUCCGGUUCCCGACCCGGCACCCCACCCGGAUGGUCCGGUUGGGUCCGGUCCCCCACGGGGAUGGGAUGCGGACCCUUGUUGUCCUCUAAAAGGGGAAAGGGAAGACAACAAGGGCCCGCCCGAUGCCCUUCUCCGCGGGCAUCGGACGCCCCCCCAUGCCCCACCCCGGCGUUUAGGGUGGGAGGGGGGAAAAGAGGGGGGGGGGGGGGUGGGUCAAGAACAAGGGCUGAAUCUCAGCGGAUCGUAG